CUCACACCAUGUGAAUGACUUUUGGUCCUUGGCCCAUCUGGGACCGCAGCAGACCAGUCCCCCACGCUCUUCUCUUCACCCUCAACACCUUAUUUCUUCUUGCAAAUGGAUCUGUCUGAACGCACAAAGGUCGGCUCUGGCGGACCCUACGAAGACCCCAUCGGCUACUCGCGCGUGCUCGCCACCGGCCCCUUCGUCUAUGUUGCUGGCACUACUGCUGGCUCCGACGGCUCCCCCAUCCCCGCCGGCGUCGAGGCACAGACCGCACAAACUAUGGAAAUCAUCAAGUCCAAGCUCCUCAAGGUCGGCUGCACCAUGGACGAGGUCGUCCGCGUGCGCAUGUAUGUCGUCGACAUCAAGCAAGACUGGGAGGCAGUCAGCGAGGUCAUGAACAGAUACUUCAAAGACGUCAAGCCCGUGAUGACCAUGGUGGAGGUGAAGGGGCUGAUUGAUGACGACAUGCGCAUCGAGAUUGAGGUCGACGCUGUCCGCAAAGCCUUCUCCGCAGCAUCCUAGCCGUCUAUUUACAUCUUGCUAGGCACCCAGUCAUGUGACUGAUCCGUGGAAAAGUCGGGUGGGAAUUGUCGCUGAGGUGCAUAUUUCUCCGAACAGUCGUUGCG